AACGGGCACGCCCAGGGCGGAGCGUCCGGAGCCGAGCGACGGCGUUGGCAAUGGGGGGCCAUGGGGACGGCUACUACGGGAAGCACGGGACGCCGCAGAAGUACGACCCCACCUUCAAAGGUCCCAUCUACGACAGGGGCUGCACGGACAUCAUCUGCUGCAUCCUGCUGGUCCUCGCCAUUGCGGGCUACGUGGUGGUGGGCAUCCUGGCCUGGAGCUAUGGGGACCCCCGGAAGGUGAUCUACCCCACCGACAGCCGCGGGCAGUUCUGCGGGCAGCAGGGGACCCCCAAUGAGGGGAAACCUUUCCUCUUCUACUUUGACAUCGUGAAGUGUGCCAGCCCCUUGGUGCUGCUGGAGUUCCAGUGCCCGACCACUCAGAUCUGUGUCAGCGAAUGCCCGGACAGAUUCCAGACGUACCUGGAUGCCUCCCACUCAUCCCAGGGGCUGGAAUACUACCGCAGGUUCUGCGUGCCCGAGUUCACAGGCCUGCAGAAGGAUCCCCUCCGGGUGUUGGCGGACAAGGAAUGCCCGGCCGUGCUCAUCCCCAGCACCCCACUGGCGCGCCGAUGCUUCCCAGCCAUCCAAGCCAAGAAGGGAGUCAUCAUGGUCGGCAAUGAGACCACCUACAAUGAUGGCCACGGCCAGCAGAGGAACGUCACCGACCUGCUGGAGGGAGCCAAGAAAGCCAACGUGGUCCUGGAGGCCAGGCAGUUGGCCAUGAAGAUCUUCGAGGACUACACGGUCUCCUGGUACUGGAUCCUCAUAGGCCUCGUCAUCGCCAUGGUGGCCAGCUUGGUCUUCAUCGUCCUGCUCCGCUUCCUGGCCGGGAUCAUGGUGUGGGUGAUGAUCGUGAUGGUGAUCCUGGUGCUGGGCUACGGGAUCUUCCACUGUUACCUGGAAUACGCGAAGCUGAAGGGGGAAGCGGGCUCGGACGUCUCCCUGCAGGACCUGGGCUUUCAGACCGACCUCCGUGUCUACCUGCACCUGCGGCAGACGUGGCUGGCCUUCAUGAUCAUCCUGAGCAUCCUGGAGGUGCUCAUCCUGCUGCUGCUCGUCUUCCUGCGCAAGAGGAUCCUCAUCGCCAUCGCGCUCAUCCGGGAGGCCAGCAGGGCCGUCGGGCACAUCAUGACGUCGCUGCUCUUCCCCUUGUGCACCUUCUUCCUCCUCUGCCUCUGCAUCGCCUAUUGGGCCAGCACCGCCGUCUUCCUCUCCACCUCCAACGAGGCCGUGUACAAGGUGUUCGAUGAGGACACGUGCCCCUUCGCCGGCCAGACCUGCACGCCCGAGACCUUCAACACGAGCAACGUCACCAAGCAGUGCCCCAAUGCCCAGUGCCUCUUUGCCUUCUAUGGGGGGGAGACGUCCUACCACCGGUACCUCAUCGCCCUCCAGUUCUUCAACCUCUUCAUGUUCUUCUGGCUCGUCAACUUCGUCAUCGCCUUGGGCCAGGUGACGUUGGCCGGAGCCUUCGCAUCCUAUUACUGGGCCUUCAAGAAGCCCGAGGAUAUCCCGGCAUUCCCGCUCUUCUCCGCCUUCGGCCGCGCGCUCCGGUACCACACGGGCUCCUUGGCCUUCGGCUCCCUCAUCCUCGCCAUCGUCCAAGUCAUCAGGGUCACUCUGGAGUACCUGGACCACAGGUUGAAAGCUGCAGAGAACAAAGUGGCCAAGUUCCUCCUGAGCUGCCUCAAAUGCUGCUUCUGGUGCCUGGAGAAGUUCCUCAAGUUCCUCAACAGAAACGCCUACAUCAUGAUCGCCAUCUACGGCACCAACUUCUGCACGUCUGCCCGCAACGCCUUCUUCCUGCUGAUGAGGAACAUCAUCAGGGUGGCUGUGCUGGAUAAAGUCACGGAUUUCCUCUUCUUCCUCGGCAAGCUCCUCGUUGUGGGAAGCGUCGGAAUCCUCGCCUUCUUCUUCUUCACCCAUCGGAUAAAGCUGGUCCAGGACACGGCGCCGGCCCUCAAUUACUACUGGGUGCCUAUUCUGACGGUGAUCGUGGGCUCCUACCUCAUUGCCCAUGGGUUCUUCAGUGUCUAUGGGAUGUGCGUGGACACUCUCUUCCUCUGCUUCUUGGAAGACCUGGAGCGGAACGAUGGCUCGGCCGAGAAGCCUUAUUUCAUGUCCCCUGACCUGAAAAAGCUCCUGAAGAAGAGGAACAAAAUCCCUCAGGAUGCGUAGAUCCUCGUCCCGUCCCGUUCUUCCCAUCCCUAUCCUUGGAAUGAACCCGGAAUUCCCAUCUUUUUUUUUGGGGGGGGGGGGGUGUUGCUGCGGGAUGGAUGCUCCUAAAGAUGCCACCUGGAAGCCUUGGGGAUGCCAAGCCACGAGCAUCAGCGGUCCAGCGCGAGCACUGCGCUAUGGGGUCUGGCUCCAGCUGGGCCG